AUGUUCUACGAGCUCAAGGAUUGGAGUUCGGUCGCGUCGACCGACCGAUCACACCCGCUGAUUUUCGAGACUGCCCGAAAACCGUGCUACAUCAUGGCCGACGUGGGCCACUCGCAGCAGGACGACAGAUUUCUCGAGGACCUGCUAAAGCGGUGCGAUCUCACCGGCCUGCGCCAGAAACACUACCAAGACGUGGUCAGAAAACAGGUUAGAGAAGAACUGCUGCUGAAAAGCAGGUUUUUGAGGCUCGCCUCGAAGGUGCGCGGCUCCUCGUACGUGGACGCGCGGGUGGACAAAUAUAUCAGAGCAAAAGGUAUCCUCACCCCGGGUCAGUACCCGAUCGUCCAGAAACCGAUUUUGAAAAGGGUCGAGUGCAACGACCUGGGUCUCAAGUACAAUUUCGACAUGGAGGCGCUGGAGAUUGAAAAUCAAGAGAAACUGAGGCAGGAGGCCAUGGAUGCAGACAUUUUGUACUUGGAAGCUCCUAACAAGGGCAAGCUGUACAUCAGGAAAGUAACAUGUCUGCUGGAUAAGCCAUCGCCGUUCCUUAUGGAAGCCUGCAGAGCGCGCAUCCGGAAACGCACUCAAUAUUUUGACAGGCUCCUUGGCGAAAAGCACCAGAGCUUUGACGAGUUUGAGUACCGACUGCUGAAUCAACCGAUCCGCACCUACAUUAAGUGA